AAAUCUUAAACAUUCACGAUACACAUCUUUUCAUUUCGCUGCAAAUAAAUCACACGUUGGUGCACGGACAAUCACGAUGUCGGGACAGCCAAUGGGCGGCGCUAUAAGCUGACGUUUGCGCUCCCCGCCACCCCGCCCUUCGAGUAUACAAGAGUGGCCAGCGGCCACCUCGGGAACGGCAUUCCUUAGUCACCUUUGCCCGUGCAAUCAUGUCUAUCUGGAGACCAUUUAGUUUAGAAGAAGUCAACACUGUCGAGGACGAUGAGACGACUCAGACCACAGAGAUAGUGGAACCUCUAUCGUCGGAUUUGAGUGUGUUACGCGUGCCACAAUCUGUAGCUGUGCCUGUGUCGGCGGCACAACCGACGCUGUCAACGUACCCGGUAUACCCGACAGAGCCAGGGUACCUGCCGCUGCCUCUACGCUAUGGAGAUGUUCAAGUUUCCUCAGGUGGUAGUUCAGGCUACCAUUCCUUGAGUACGCCGUCAUCGUCACCCCCGCCUGGCCCACCCGCCGCCGUUUCAGCACCGGUGUUAACUGCAGAGCUGGAUCCAGAUUAUCAGCGUUACGUUGAGGCUGCCAUGGCUGCCAUAAGAGCUCACCAAGGUGGCACUUUAGUCGGAAAUAAUCCGAACAUGCGUCGCGCUGUGCGGUCGCAAGCGCACGCCGGCACCGCGGCGGAAGCCGACGCCUACCGACGCACGCGCGAGAAGAACAACGCGGCGGCGAAGAAAAGCCGCGACCGGCGGAAGCUGCGCGAGGUAGAACUGUCGGUGGAGCUGUCGUACCUGAAGCAGCAGCUGGCGGCGCUCAAGGCGACGCUGCGCUCCCGCGCCUGCACACGCUGCCGCCGCUCCUGUCUGUGCUAGUGCGGACCACCAGCACACACAUACACACA